AUGAUGAGUAUAAUAUCAUUUAUUUAAGGCAUGUUGCAUGAUUAAAUGUGCUUCCAUUCAGUAGGCAUUGUCUGAUCUUUACCCUUGUGUUUUAAAAUCGUUGUUUCAGUUUCUGAGUCAGCAGUGACAGUAGAUUUUUUUUCUCUGAUAAAAAAUACAUUGUGAGGACAUUUGAUGUGUUGUGUGUACAUGUUUUUCUGCUCAUAUUGGUGAUAACUGUUUUUAUAGCAGUGGUUUCACACAAGUCACAGUGUUUGUUUUUUUUUCUUUUAAGAUUUUCACUAUGCUGUAAGUGUCUUAGUCUUGUAAAAUGUACUUUAUACUGCUAACUUCUCUUCAGCUGGUGCGGUCACCAUGGCGACCAACUGCCAGGCUCACACAGGGGUGUCACUAGGUUUUAAGGACAGGGGAGGCUUAGCCCCCAUGAGAAAUUGCUUUUCCACUUUUUGGACCGAUUUAGAGAGAUACUUUACUGUGUAAAUGUUUUAGGCCACAGUGGCCAUGACUUUUGCUCACAACACAAUAAUUCAGGGCUGCCAACUUGUGAUCAGAGCUCAGAGUGAGAUUUGGUUUAUGUGAGAUGCUGAUGGGGGGUCUGGGGGCCCUCCCCCAGAAAAUUUUGAAAAUUAUUGAUCCUAUUUCCUGCAUUCUGAUGUAUUUUAAGAGCAUUUUGUUAAAAUCUUAUGAUAGAGACAACAUUAAGGGAUAAUUUAAAAAAAACACUAAGAUUUAAAAAAACUGAAAAAAACAGAGCAACAGCAGGCAAUAUUGAAAAUGUUUCUUCAUGUAAAAUAUGGAUGAAGGUUCUCUGGCUGGAUGUGCACAACACAUUUCAGUAUUUUCCAUAAAUAUAUGCAUAAUUGAAAUAACUCCAUCAACCACUUUGUAACAUUUGUCUUUAUAGGAUUCUAAUGCUCUCAACAGCUUCAAGUUGACCACAUCAGCCAACUAAAGAAUGAAAAGUGCUUAAGGAAAAACAAAACAUCUUUAUAACUUAAAUUAUCUAUUCACUGAACAGAAUUACAAUCAGACACUAAACUCUGUCCCACAGGAGCAGGGUUACAUGGACUAAAAUCAGAACCAAACCAGGUCUGACUGGACCUCACAGGAGCAGGGUAUCAUGGACUAAACCCAGGACUAAAUGAAUGAAUAACUUAUUAACUCGGCCCAAAAAUAAAUGACAAAGUCUGUAAAUUCAGAAUAAAUGGCACAACUGUAUACAGGAACAGGAAGAGAACAGGAAAAAAUGAAUUUUUGUGAGCCAUGUUGUACUCCCUGAGGCUUCAGAAAAUUCACCAGUUACUUGCAGUGCAGUUUGUAUCUGUGAUUUAUCUUUGAGGAAUAAAACUGUGUCAUUAGCUAGCUGUGAAAUCUUUAUCUCACGAUUGAAAACUACUAAACCUUGAAUAUUUGGGUUGCAGGAAAUAUUUAAGAAUAGGAGUUCAGAUGUAAUAUUAUUUCUUUUCUCUAAUGCAAAAAAAGUAACUUGAGUUUUUCUCGCCUUCUUCUAACCACUUGGCUCUAGAUCUGAUGAAAGCGCCUUUUGCUAAGUUCACGUACAUUCUGUCAAGCUCUUCUGUGAAGUUUUUUAGUGUGCUUAGGUCUUCUUCAGAUAAAUCAUGUUUGGAACUUAUUAACUGUAGCUGGUUUAUUAGAAAAUUCAUUUUUUCAUCUUUUACUUUUUUUUAAUUUCUUUACUACGUUUAAUUGCAACUUCUCUCAUUUUAAAUUUAAAGUAUUCCCAUUUUUGAAUUGGAUUCAUUUCUCUAUUACUGAAUAUAUCCUUAGCAAGUAAUUGUGCCCCUUCUUUAAAUUGUUUAUCAUCUAAUAUAUUAUUGUUUAAUUUCCAAUAGCCUCUUAUGUUAGAAUUCUCUUUUGAUCCUGUUAAUCUUAAACUUGUUAAUUUAUGAUCACACAGUGGAGCAUGAGUAUGAGAAAUAUCUAAAACAAACUGUAAACUCUGUGAUGAGAUUAAGCAAAGGUCAAUUCUUGACUGUAAACUUCUGCUGGUGUUAGACCACGUGUAGUUUGUGACAUUGGGGUUCAUAAAUCUCCACACAUCUGUUAACAAAAGAUGAUCACUUAUAAAUGAGGUGUGUUUAAAGCCCAGUAAUGAUGCAGAUCUUGGAGGAUGUCUGUCCAUGUAAUCAUCUGGAGCAUCAUUAAAGUCUCCUCCUAUGAUAAUAGUAGAAUCUUUGUAUUUUUCCUUUAAAUCGUCCAAAGCUGAAGACAGUUCAGUAAACAUGUCCUUUGCUUGCGAUGCUCUGUUUGGUUCAUAAACAUUACAAAUGAUAGACAUCAAAUCAUCCACCUUCAAAACUACAAUGAUCCAGCAGCCUUUGUUUGAAGCUUUGGUUUCCAGAAUAUCACCGUUAAAUCUGUUUAAAAGUACUGCCACUCCAGCUGAAUAAUUGUAUACAGGCAGUUAUAGUAGCAGCAGUACAUGCAUCUGCUGAUGUGGGAUUAUUUCUGUCUUUUCAGCUUUUUAAAACACAGAAAAUACACAAAGGAUUUAUCAUUUCUUCACUAUGUUGAAGCCUUAGUUGAUACUGUGGUGAACAUUUGUCUCUGUAAAAUAGUGCUCUGACAGAUGAAAUAUCUCUUGUACCUUGUAGUGUUUGCUUAAAAAGUGGUGUGGUUAAAUGUAACAUUGUCUACAUUUUCUAGCAAUUUUGAUGUUAAAAUUAAUUUAGGUGCCAGUGCUUUAUUCCAUUAUGUUACAAUCAGUUCUAUCAGUCAAUUAGGACAUCAUGAUGAGUAUAAUAUCGUUUAUUUAAGACAUGUUGCAUGAGGAAAUGUUAACACACCAUUAAUUACACUGUCAUAUUAAUUCUCUGUGCUGUGUUAAAGACCAGUUCAGCUACUUUUGCUGCAGACAUGUUGAGAUUCUUCUUCUUUCUGAGAAAACAUGCAGUAGUGCUUUAAUUUAGUAGCCAUUGUCUGGUCUUUAGCCCUUUUGUGUUUUGAAUUAGUUGUUUCAGUUUGAGUCAGAAGUGUAAGUAGAUUUUUCCCUCUGAUGGAAAAAACAUAGUGAGGACAUUAGAUGUGUCUUGUACAUGCAUGUUUUGCUGCUCAUAUUGGUGCUUACUGUUUCAUAGCAGUGCUUUUAGAUAACUGGGUGCUUUUUUUUUCACCAGCCUUUGAACAGCCUUUUGGAGAGCCUCUGGAUUGCCCUUGGACAUCCUUUGGUCAACCACCUCUGCAUCAUCUCGUAUCCUUUCAUCCAUCCAUCCAUCCAUCCAUCCAUCCAUCCAUCCAUCCAUCCAUCCAUCCAUCCAUCCAUCCAUCCAUCCAUCCAUCCAUCCAUCUGUUUUGUGUGCCUUGUUCUCUCUCUCUCUCUCUUUGUCUCUCUCUCUCCCUGUGUUUGUCUGUCUCUCUUGUGCUCUUGUGCUGUCUUCCAGGAUGCCUAGGAAGGGGAGACGCUCCCAGGCCCAGAAGCAGCGCUGGAGGAAGCUGGACGCGUCUGAGAUGCCCACCCCUCCUGUCGACGCACCCCACUGCUCCCGCUCUCCCCAGUACAAGAAGGUUGGUUCCACCUUGCCAGCCGGACGGUUCUGGGAAGAGCGGCAGGCGCGUGCAAACCUUAUUGCACGCCGUGGCACCGGUUACCGCCACAAGACUCUGAAAUGGCCAACUUCACCCUUUACUGGGCGCAACCACAAGUUGGUCAUUCCUCCUGAGCGCCCUGGAAAGAAGUUCAUUCUUAUUGUCGGGGACUCCCAUCUACGUGCUCUUGUAGAUGGCUUUAUUCGGAUGCCAGAGUCUCGGCUGAGCUUUGGCUUCCUGUCGAUCCCGGGGGCGUCUGCUUCUGAAAUUCGCACUGAGGUUCUGCAUGCUGCAGUUCCUCGUGCACCUGAUGCCGUCUGCGUCAUGGCCCCCGGCAACAACCUGACCAGCACCACUGUUGAGAAGGCCGGUGUGGAUUUUGCCAAUCUCCUCACCACUUGUGGCAAUCGCUGGUCCAAGGUUUAUGUGGUCGACUUUCCUCCCCGCCUGGUCGUUGACGUCCAACACCAGGACCUGCUUCGGCAGGAAUAUAGACGUGUGGCUGCUCGUAUGGGUGUAAAGUUCUACAACGCUGCAGAGCACUUCCCCCUGAGUGAUUUGGUGCUGUGGAGCAAGGAUGGUGUAAGUGUAGUAUGUUGUGAAAAACAGUUGUUGAUUGGAAAAGUUUGGUUCACGGCAGAUGUUCACUGA